AUCAGCGUCUGCGCGUGCGCCGUGUGCAAGCAGCAGCCCCAGGCUUGUCACAGAGCCUGGCGACCGCAGGGCGGCGGGGGUCUCGGUGCUGCUGCAGCCGAAUCUGUAGCGUGAGGCGUCCUUGAGUUGAGAGGACCAUGAACCGCAGUCGGCAGGUGACCUGCGUGGCCUGGGUCCGCUGCGGCGUGGCCAAAGAGACGCCAGACAAGGUAGAACUUAGUAAAGAAGAAGUAAAACGUCUCAUUGCUGAAGCUAAGGAAAAAUUACAAGAAGAAGGGGGCAGUGACGAAGAGGAGACAGGCGAUCCUUCGGAAGAUGGCAUGCAGAGUGCACGUACCCAAGCACGACCAAGGGAGCCCCUGGAAGAUGGCGACCCAGAGGACGACAGGACGCUGGAUGAUGAUGAGCUGGCUGAGUACGACUUAGAUAAAUACGAUGAGGAAGGUGACCCAGAUACUGAAACUCUCGGUGAAUCUCUCUUGGGUCUUACAGUCUAUGGAAGUAAUGAUCAAGAUCCUUAUGUUACUCUGAAAGAUACGGAGCAAUAUGAACGUGAAGAUUUCUUGAUCAAGCCCAGUGACAAUCUGAUAGUUUGUGGCAGAGCUGAACAAGACCAGUGCAAUUUAGAGGUCCACGUUUAUAAUCAGGAAGAAGAUUCCUUUUAUGUGCAUCAUGAUAUACUGCUGUCUGCAUACCCUCUAAGCGUGGAAUGGCUGAAUUUUGAUCCCAGUCCAGAUGAUUCUACAGGAAAUUAUAUUGCUGUGGGAAACAUGACCCCCGUUAUUGAAGUGUGGGACCUUGACAUAGUGGACUCUUUAGAACCGGUCUUCACUCUUGGAAGUAAGCUAUCGAAAAAGAAGAAAAAGAAAGGGAAGAAGAGUUCCUCAGCAGAGGGGCAUACUGACGCUGUCCUGGACCUUUCCUGGAAUAAGCUGAUCAGAAACGUGCUGGCAAGUGCAUCAGCUGACAACACUGUAAUUCUGUGGGAUAUGUCCUUAGGGAAACCAGCAGCUAGCCUUGCUGUACACACAGACAAGGUCCAGACUUUGCAGUUUCAUCCAUUUGAAGCACAGACUCUUAUUUCUGGAUCCUAUGAUAAGUCAGUGGCUUUGUAUGACUGCCGAAGUCCAGAUGAAAGCCAUCGAAUGUGGCGAUUCAGCGGGCAGAUUGAGAGAGUGACUUGGAAUCACUUUUCACCUUGUCAUUUUUUGGCCAGUACGGAUGACGGCUUUGUGUAUAAUUUGGAUGCACGUUCAGAUAAGCCAAUUUUUACACUUAAUGCACACAAUGAUGAAAUUUCCGGUCUUGAUCUAAGUAGUCAAAUCAAGGGCUGUCUUGUGACAGCAUCAGCAGACAAGUAUGUGAAGAUCUGGGACAUAUUAGGAGACAGGCCAAGUCUGGUUCACUCUAGGGACAUGAAAAUGGGAGUUCUGUUCUGUUCUUCCUGUUGCCCUGAUUUGCCAUUUAUUUAUGCCUUUGGAGGUCAGAAAGAAGGGCUUCGGGUCUGGGAUAUAAGCACAGUCUCAUCAGUAAAUGAAGCAUUUGGAAGACGAGAGAGGCUUGUUCUUGGCCAUACGAGAAGUUCAUCUAUUAGUGGUCCUUUUGGGAGCAGGAGCUCAGACACACCAAUGGAAUCUUAAUGCGGAGCAUAAAAUUUCCUGGUUUUUAUUACCUUAACUCAGAUUUAAAAACCUGGCCGAGAAAUCUCCACGUGUAGCUACAGCGAUGUAGUGACUGAAACAAAUUUCAUUUCUUGCUCCCAAACAUUCCUCUGCAGCUAUGGCGGCAGCACAAACAGGGCUGGUCUUCGUGCUUUGCCUUUUCAGUGUGUGGGGUUUAGGGAUCCUGCUGCAUUUCUGGAAGAGGAUAAUAAAGAGGUUUUUAAGAAAUAAUUCCUAAAAUAGGCCAUAUGUCAUAAGUAACCUGUAGGUUUGUAAAAUAGGUAGUAAUUUAUGGAAUUUUAGAAGAAAAUCCUCUGAUCUUAAACGAUGGGUAAACCCAGGCCUUGAAAGGUUGUGACUUGGCCAAGAUUGCACAGUAGCCAUAAACACGGGCAGGUGCCCCAGGAAUUGCUCUUUCCUGACUUGACUCUUUUCCAACUAAGGUUCAUGAUUUUAGAAAUGUCCUCAGUGCUACUUGUAAAAUUCAGUGACUAAAUUAAAGGUGAUAUUUCUCUUUUCCCCCA